AAAAGCUUUUCGUAAAGGAACUGGACAUGGCUGAAAGUGCACUCAGUAGGUUGUGGGCUGGCUGUAUCCCUUCGUCGUCACCCAUGUCGUUCCUCGCGCGUCUUAUUCCCAGCCAACUCGGCUCGCCUCGUGCGGCAGCUCUCGUUAGGCCUUUAAUCGCCGUUCAUUAUUCCGCGAACGCUCAGAACCUAGGCGGCGUCCGUUCUCCGCGGCACUACCGGCGCUAUGUGUCCCCCGCGUGCACGUCGUCGUGCCUCCUCCUGCUGCUCCUCGCCCAAGCGCUCCUCGCGCUCGCGCUCUUCCACGCCGCCUCGCCCGCAGGAGGACCCUCGCCCCUUUCUCUCCUCCCUGCCGCCCUCCUCCCGCAAGGCUGGGCGACCCCUGCGACAAAAGAAAUAGUCGUCGAGGAUGAUUCGGUGUCGAGCGACGAACCUGGCGACACAAGCGACGCCAGCGACGAUACCAGCGACGAGCGCGAGAGUGUAGACGAGUGGGUGAGGAGGAGCGAUCUGUUGCGAAUAAUCGACGAGCAGCUGGCGAAGCUCAGAACCCGAUGGUGGUACGCCCGCGUGCCGCGGCUGGUAUGGCCGCUGUUUCGUCAUUCUGCGGCGCGGCUGGGAAUAGACUUGGCGGAAUCUGAUGACGCGGCGAUAGCAGACGGCACGUGGCUCGUUUCUGAUCGUAGAUCAGCCGGAAAUGGCGGUCAGGAGGUGUUCCGAAGUGGAUUCGCGUCGUUAAACGUCGCGUUUAGCGGGGAUUCGACGAUUAGUGCAAGUAACGACGACAAGAAGCGCGCCGAUUUGGAGAUGGCGGGAAAGCUGCGGUCAAUGCGGGAAGAGGCGGAGCGAAUGGAUUUAAAGACCGAGGAGAAUUACGAUAGGGCGGGCGCUAAUCUGAUCGACCUACUCAACAGCAGGAAGGAACGCGAGGCCCAAUCGUUCUUCGACGCGUGGCGUCGCGCGAACCCGCACGAGCCAUGGCCGCCGACCUCGCCGCUUUCUCGGCGGCUCGAGGAUUGGAAUCGCCGGCCGGCGAGAGCGCCUGUCACGGCGGGAAACGCGCUGAAGAGCGGCGCCAGGAUGGGGCUGCUGGCGAAGCUCCACGCGCAAGUGCGGGGGCGCGGGGGAGGGAAGGGGACUAGUAGCACUGGUACGAGUACUAGUGGUAGUGCUGCUGGGACGCGCGACCCGUGGAGGAGGCGAUUAAGAGACACUGACGUGGUGAUCAUGAUGCUGGUGCACAACCGGCCGGCGUACCUGCGGCACACGCUGGAGGCGCUGAGCAAGGUGGACGGCAUCCAAGACGCGCUGCUCGUCGUCAGCCACGACGGGUACUACCCCGCGAUGCACGCGCUGGUGCGCGGGAUCACGUUCUGCGCCGUGAAGCAGAUCUACUUCCCCUUCUCCCCGCACCUCUUCAACGCCUCCUUCCCCGGCGCCUCCCCCGGGGACUGCCAGGGGAGGGCGCAAGGCGCCACGGGGAAACGCGGGGGAGAGUGCACGGGACAGGCGGACCAAUACGGGUCGUUCAGAGAUACGAAGCGAGUGUCGCUCAAGCACCACUGGUGGUGGGCGAUGAACGCGGUGUGGGGGGGCGGCGUGGCGGAGGCGCGGGGGUUUGGGGGGCAUGUGGUGUGGGUGGAGGAGGACCAUCUGCUCUUCCCCAACGCCCUGCGCCACCUGCGCGCGCUGCUCCGCGCCAAGGCCGCCCGCUGCCCCCACUGCAUCGCCGCCAACCUUGCACCCUCCAACGUGAACACGGUGCAGGACGACGAGCCCGGGGUGUUUAAAGCCGAGCGCAUGGGCAAUGUGGGGUACGCCUUCAACCGCAGCGUGUGGGAGCUCAUCCGCGCACAGGCCCAGCCGUUCUGUCUGUACGACGACUACAACUGGGACCUCACCCUCUGGUCGUCCGUGCUGCGCCGCCUGCCCUCCUCCUGGUCGCUACGCUGGUCCCGAGCCAGCGCUCACCACGUGGGGUCGUGCGGGCUGCAUUCGGGGAGGGUGGCGCCUGCUACCAAGGCACGAGCUGCUGAGACUCUGAAGGCUCGAGCUGCUGCAACUAUCAAGGCGCUGCUCAGACUUCCAGCAGAAUUUUCUCUCCUCAUACCAGCUAUGGUGCCUUCCGUUCGCAGUCCAUUAUUGUCGCACACGCCAUUCUUCGCCACGCUUCUGCUGUCGCUCCUCUUCGCAAGCGCCAGACUUGAUGGAGUCACCUUUACUGAUGACUCCGAUAGAGUCACCAUUGAAGAUGGUGGAAUCCCGAAUCUGCGAAGCGUAGCAGGCGCGUCAGCAGAGCCGUCGGGAGCGGCGCGUCGAGCGGUAGUGGAGGACGAAGAAGCGCGGGAGAGGGAGGUGCGGCUGUUUAUCGUGGAGGAGGCGAAGCAGGUUGGCGCUGUGUGCCUGGACGGGUCCGCGCCAGGGUUCUACUACCGCAGGGGGCAUGGCAGGGGAGCCAACAAGUGGCUGCUCAACUUCCGGUCCGGCGCGUGGUGCACAUCCCCCUGGGACUGUUACAACCGCAGCUCCUCGCUGUGGGGCAGCUCACGCCACUUCCCUGACGUGCUGCCCGCGCCGGGCAUCCUCUCCGCUCAGAGCGAUGUCAGCCCGGACUUGUACGACUGGAAUCUGGUCAUCUUCCCCUAUUGCGAUGGGGCGUCCUUCUCCGGCGACAGGCAGGAACCGCUGGUCUUCGAGGGAGCGCCUCUCUUCUCCCGUGGUCGCCGCAUCCUCGACUUCCUCCUCUCCCACCUCACAGCGCGAUUCCACAUGGGCACCGCAGAGCGGGUGCUUAUAUCAGGGUGCUCAGCAGGCGCCCUGGUGGUGUAUCUGCACUGUGACUACAUUCGCCACACUCACAUCCCUCCCUCUGCUCAAGUGCAGUGCCUGGCAGACUCGGGGCUCUUCCUCGACAUUCCAGACGUCAGUGGGGGCAGGGCUGCCCAGACGCUCUUCCGAGCCGUGCUCUCCAUCCAUAAUGUGACUGGCAGUCUGCCCAGCUCCUGCCUCUCCUCUCGACCCCCUGAAGACCACUAUCAGUGUUUCAUGACAGCGCAGCUGCUUCCCCUGCUCAAGACGCCUGUCUUUGUGAUAAACAGCAACUACGACCUCUGGCUGCUGCGCCACGCCCUGGCCCCGCCAGAGGCGGACCCUUCAGGCGCCCUCAUAGCCAACUGCCUGAGGAAGCUGCACACGUGCAACCAGUCACAGCUCGCCACCUUGCAAGGAGUGCGAGCGACAGUGACAGCCACAGUCACACCCCUCCUGCCGCCCACGCCUGGAGGAGCAGCAGCAGGAGCGGGAGGGGUGCAGUUGGGUGCGCAGCAGCAGCACGGGGUGUUUGUGUUCUCGUGCCUGACGCACUGCACGAGCCACUACGAGGACCACUGGCUGCGCCUCACCGUCAACAACCAGACGCUGGUGCAGGCAGUGGGCAACUGGCUCACAGCCACGGACAGCCAGGGCAGCAGUGCAGGCGUCAGCCAGGGGGAGUUUGACCCGGCACUGAUCGACUGCCCGUACCCGUGCAACUCGUGCCAGGUGCAGGCAGGUAGAGUCCCCGCAGCACCACCGCUGCUCAAGGCAGAGCCGCCUCAAACCCAUGGGGAUGCGCCACUGGAGGCUGCGAGUGUGGGGCCAGUCAAACCAGAGACAGCUGCAGUCCAAACUGUUGUGUAACACGUUAUGCUGUUCAUUGUUGAGUGACCCGCUGGGGUUGCCCUUGAGAUCCUCGGGGAAGGGCCACAGGUGCAGAGCCUGGGGGGCUAUGGGCGCACUUACCCGCUAUUCAACAAGCCCUUUUAACCCAGUGGUUAGUGACUGGGUUUCUGACAUGGUAUCAGAGCCAAAGGUCUUGGGUUCAACUCCCAGUGCCAGCGCUACAGAGGCGCUCGUGUCUUCCACCUAUCCCAGCGGGGGGGGGGGUGUUGAGUGACCCGCUGGGGUUGCCCUUGAGAUCCUUGGGGAAGGGCCACAGGUGCAGAGCCUGGGGGGCUAUGGGCGCACUUACUUGCUAUUCAACAAGCCCUUUUAACCCAGUGGUUAGUGACUGGGUUUCUGACAGUUCAUUUCCUUUAUUUCGUUAAAGUGAGCUGGUUG